AUGGAGGAUGACUCGAUUCCAAAAGAAGUUGUUGAUAAGCUAAUUUCUUUUAAUAAUUCUUUGGGAGAUUUGGAAAAAUGCUUAGAACCAUUUCUUUCAACGCAAUAUGAAGAAAAUGAAAAGAAAAGAAUAAAAGAUUAUAUGAAAAGGUUGAAAGAAAUCGAAGAACGACCAAAUGCUCCUCGCCUAAAUCAGUUCGCUGCAUGUAGUUUUGUAAGAAAUGCACUUUGGGAGCCGAAAUCGAAAAAUGAAACAGAGGCAGGGGGAUUAGAAGAAGAAAUGCAAGAGUAA